CAAGAGACUUGGGAAACAACACUAGAGAAAUGUAUCAAGAGCAUUAUAUCAAUAAAAGCCACUCGUGUAAGAUGUCUCGAUACAGAGACACCCGGUGCGUUCACUGCCACAGGAUUUGUGGUCGAUCCAGUUCGUGGCAUCAUUCUAUCUAAUCGUCAUGUAGUUUCUGUGUCUCCUAUUGUUGCUCAGGCCGUUCUAUGUAAUUAUGAAGAGAUUGAACUGGUACCUAUAUAUCGUGAUCCUGUGCAUGACUUUGGGUUCCUCAAGUAUGAUCCUACGCACGUUCGUUUCCUUACGAUUCCCGGAAUACCACUCUGCCCUGAAGGUGCUAGAGUUGGGCAAGAGAUCCGUGUAGUGGGCAAUGAUGCAGGUGAAAAACUGAGUAUUUUGGCAGGAACAUUGGCUCGUCUUGAUAGAGAAACACCCAACUAUGGAAUCGGAGAAUACAAUGAUUUUGAUACCUUUUAUAUGCAAGCCGCAUCAAGUACCAGUGCAGGUUCAAGUGGUAGUCCUGUGCUGGAUGUUUACGGACGUGCUAUUGCCCUAAACGCAGGUGGUGCUACCAAUUCGUCUUCAAGCUACUAUCUUCCUCUCAACAGAGUUAAAAGAGCACUAGAGUGUAUCCAAAAUAGUCAACAUGUCUCACGGGGUACAAUCCAAGCAGAAUUCGAGUACAGAUCCUAUGACGAGCUUUCUCAAUUGGGCCUCAGUCUUCACAUUGAAGCACGUUUACGGCUAUACAACCAGGAAAGCAUCCAAGGACUCUUGGUCGUCAAAUCCGUCUUGCCUCUUGGUCCCGCUGACGGUCACCUUGCAUCUGGUGAUAUUCUGCUGACAGGCAAUGGCCGAAUCGUGACCCAUUUCUUGGAUUUAGCCGACUUGUUAGAUAAUUCAGUCCACAAUACCAUUGAACUCGUGGUGUCGCGUGGCCAAGGUGUACUUCACCAAGUAAAAGUCACUGUUCAAGAUCUUCACGCCAUCACUCCAAACCGUUUCAUUGAAUUUGGUGGGGGAAUAUUAAAUGACUUAUCGUACCAAAUGGCACGCUCUUACGGACUAUCUCUCGACAAGCCAGGAGUUUAUGUGGCUGCAGCGGGGUACAUACUGGGUACUGCUUUGGCUCUAAGAAAAUCGGUUAUAAUUGGACUUAACAACCAAGUAGUCCGGAAUCUCGAUGACUUUAUAAAGAUUUCAAAGGAAAUUCCACAAGGAGAACGGGUUCCUAUCCGGUACUAUUCGCUCUCUAGAGCCCUCAAAGACAAGGUGAUGAUUUUGCAUGUGGACCAUACCUGGCACAAGUUUAGGAUGGCUAUUCGUAAUGAUACUACUGGCUUGUGGGACUAUAAAAACCUUGGGGAGCCUCCCAUAAUCACACCGCUUUUAAAAGUACCAAGACGAUUAUUUUCUGUAAAAACAGAUCCAUUCCAACGCUUAGCUAAGAGUCUAGUGGCAGUUGAUGCACACCCUCCUUAUAUUAUUGAUGGACUCAAGAACUCACAUUCUUACGGCGCAGGUUUGAUUGUUUCUAUGGAUCCUCCAUUGGUUGUGUGUGAUCGUGAUACUAUUCCAGUUGGUAUUUCAGCUAUAUCUCUCACGUUUGGUAAUGCUAUCACUAUGUCAGCUCGCUUGCUCUUCCUUCAUCCAUUUUAUAACUAUGCGGUCCUCACAUUUGAUUGGGAUCGUCUGGAGAGUUCAGGAAUUGAAGUCCAUGUAGCAAUGUUUAGUGACAAAGUCCUUAAACCCGGAGAUCGUGUCAAUUAUGUUGGUCUUGGUGGCGAUAAUCUUCCUGUCAUCAAAAAGGCCACCGUGUCAAUGCUUAAACCUAUCCGCACCAAGGAAACCUCUCCUCCACGAUGGAGAGCAAUGAAUGUUGAGGCAUACAAGACUAGUGAGGGCAGUCUAAAUGGUCAGGGUGGAGUUUUGGCGGACGAAGACGGAAAAGUCCAGGCUAGUUGGAUGAGCUUCUCUAAUGAAGAUGAACGCGGUAACCAAGGGGGUGAGAUGGGAGGACUGUCAGCCCACCUGAUAUUACCUAUUCUGGAUGCUAUACGGGCAGGGGAAGUGCCGGGUGUGCGUGGACUGGAUGCCGAAUUGUGGACAAUGCAACUGGCCAAUGCGCGACUUCUGGGGUUACCUGAACAUUGGUUGGAUCGUUACCAGGAGACUGAAAACCAGUCCCAUGUGUUAUAUAUUACUGGUAUUACAGAUGCUAGUAGCCCAUGCGCAGGUCUCUUGAGUGCGGGAGAUAUCGUUCUCUUGAUAAAUGGUGUGAUGAUGAUGAAUGUAUCAGACCUAGCCCGGUUCUCUCAAGAAGAAGAGUUAAAAAUGACGAUAUUCAGGAAUGGCCAUGAGCUUGAGAUUGUGGUUCCUACUACAUACUUUAAUGGUCAAGAAACUACUCGUGUUAUUGGAUGGCAGGGAAUGCUGGUCCAGGACGCAUACAUGGCCGCUAAAGAGCAGAUGCAAAAAGAAGUUCCCAAAGGACUUUAUGUUUCAUGCUGCUUAUUUGGCUCCCCUGCCCAGAUGUCGCUCCGGCCAGGGAUAUGGAUUACAGAAAUUAAUCAACGACCAGUUCACACACUUGACGAAUUUUUUGACGCCGUCAAACUUGGAAACCAAAAGGCGGAGAGCCAUGUUCAUGUCAAAUACGUGUCCCGAAACAAUGGGACCCAUUUAGUUGCGCUCCGGUUAGACCAUCAUUAUUGGCCCACAUGGCAAAUACAAAAAGAC